CCGAUUUGAUACGUUUACUAUCAAAGAUGUACACUGCAGCAAGGGAAAUGUCUCGGACGAAACAAAUUGGCAUUGCUGCGAGGAGAUUCUCCACUUGCCCACCCCUUUUUGCGCCUGUUCUUCCACAGACAACACUCCCCAAACCCCGUUUUGACUAUACGAAACUGCUUUCAGACCCAUCCUUAACACUACAAAACGCCCAACUACGGGCAUUCCCUCUGGUUACCAACCACCUAUCCGAACUUUCGUCUCUGCGCGAUACUCAGCGAGAGCUUCUUCAGAAGCUCAACGCUACCAGAGCUCGUCAAAAGGAACUCGGUAAUUCGAUCAAGAAAUUAAAAGGUCUCGAAGUCGAAGAAGCGAAGAAGCAAGCUAAAGAGCUUAAAUCGUUGAUUAAAGAGUUCGAAGUAUCGUUAUCAACAGCCGAAUCAUCUCUUCUCGACCUCGCACUUUCGCUCCCCAAUUUCUCUCACCCUUCCACCCCUAUUGGUCCCGAAGAAAACGCUCGCACACUUGAGACGUUUGGUCCUACGCCCAUACCCUCCGACCCAGCAAGGGACCACGUCGCUUUCGCCCAAUACUUCUCCCUGCUCGAUACUUCAGCUUCUGCCAAAACAACGGGCUCAUCAUGGCCUUACCUUCGAGGUUCCCUCGCUUUCCUUGAACAAGCACUGAUCAGCUAUGCAUUAAACAUUGCUAAUAAACAUGGAUUCACACCAGUUAUACCCCCUGAUGUGGUCAAGACCGAUAUCGCCUGGCGAUGCGGUUUCCAACCCCGCGACCAAGCGACAAACGCCGCUGCCUCCCAGACGUACCACCUCCAACCCACUUCAAAUUCGGCUCAGUCGCUCUGUCUUGCCGGUACUUCCGAAAUUCCGUUGGCGGGGAUGUUUGCAGAUAUGAUUAUACCCGAAGAAAACCUCCCCCAACGGGUUGUCGGUGUCGGUCGGGCCUUCCGAGCUGAAGCGGGUGCAAGAGGCGCAGAUACGAGAGGAUUGUAUAGGGUGCAUCAGUUUACGAAAGUUGAGUUGUUUGUGGUGAGCGGGGAGAAGGAGAGCGAAUCGAUGAUGGAGGAGAUGAGAGAGGUACAGAAGGAAAUUGUGCAAGGUUUGGGGUUGAGCGUGAGGGUGUUGGAUAUGCCAACGGAAGAGCUGGGAGCUAGCGCGCACAGAAAAUAUGAUAUGGAAGCAUGGAUGCCCGGCCGAGGGAAAUGGGGCGAGAUCACAUCGACAUCCAACUGCACGGACUACCAAUCUCGUCGUCUAUCCAUCACUUACCGUCCCCAACCCACAUCACCUACCCAUGCCAUCGACCCUUCCUCAGGACCAUUACCGUUUGCCCAUACGCUAAAUGGUACAGCUGCCGCCAUACCCAGAUUACUUGUGGCGUUACUAGAGAACGGAUUGCAGUACGAUAAGACGGGCGAGGGUGAUAGUGAGCAGGUGAUCUAUACGGGAUUAGAAUUGCCAAAGGCAUUACAGAGAUUUUAUGUAGGAAGCGAUGAGAUUGGCGGGAGAGGGAGAAAGGGGUUAAUCCAUUGGGUUUGAAGUUGUUGUAAACUGAUCAUCACGACGAGUACUUUUCAUCAAUAUAGCAUUUAGGUAAUCCUAAACAUGAAUGUCAUUUGG